AUGGCCGCCGCCUCCCUGUCUCGCCUCUCUCGCCGCGCCUCCGCCGCCGCGGCGCCUUCCCUCCGCCGGAUCCUCUCCUCCACCGCCACCGCCCCCGCUGCGCCAUCGUCCUCACCACCCCCCGUCGCAGCCGCGGCGGCAGGUGCGGAUCGGGUGCGGUGGGAUUACCGCGGGCAGCGGCAGCUAGUACCACUCGGGCAGUGGCUUCCCAAGGUGGCCGUCGACGCGUACGUUGCUCCCGACGCCGUGCUCGCCGGGCAGGUCACCGUCCACGACGGCGCCUCCGUCUGGAGCGGCUCCGUGCUGCGGGGCGACCUCAACAAGAUCACUCUUGGGUUCUGCGCCAACGUCCAGGAGCGGUCCGUCCUCCACGCCGCCUGGUCGGCCUCUACAGGUCUUCCAGCUGAGACCCUUGUUGACCGGUAUGUGACAGUGGGUGCGUACUGUCUUCUGCGCUCAUGCACUAUUGAACCUGAGUGCAUCAUCGGUCAGCAUUCCAUCCUAAUGGAAGGCUCAUUGGUUGAAACUAACUCGGUCCUUGAAGCUGGCUCCGUCCUGGCCCCAGGGAGGAGGAUUCCGACUGGGGAACUCUGGGCUGGCAACCCUGCCAGGUUUGUUAGGAAGCUGACCAACGAAGAGAUAAUGGAGAUUCCAAAGCUUGCUGUGGCCAUCAAUGAUCUUAUGCAAAGCCAUUUCUCAGAGUUCCUCCCAUACUCUAAUGCUUAUUUGGAGGUAGAGAAGCUGAAGAAGUCGUUUUCAAUUCCUUUGUAA